UUUAUCUUAAAAAGAUAUUAUAUUAUGAUUUAUAAUUUAUGGUGUUUUAAAACUUUUAUGAAAAAUAAUAUUUAGUUUUUGUAGGAUAUAUUUUGCACUAUAAGGUGUCUGAAUGUGUUUAAGCACUAGCAUCCCCUAAAAACUAAGUCUUCCAAUGUGUAAUUAUUUUUAUGUGUAUAUUAAACCUAUGUAAAUGGCUACAAGAGUUAAAAGUGCUAGUUCAACCGCAUCUAAAAUUAGAAUCCACUACCAUAGUGCCAUUGGUACACAUCGGUUGAAACCUCGUCCUCUUAAAAACAUACUAUACCCUUACUAUAGGAAUUAUAAACCAGUUUAUAGAGCCAGAAAUCCAAGAACUCCACUAUACUAUUGGCCUGAGAUUGAUAAGUACCCUUGGCACUCACAUCAGAAAAGAUAUCUAAAUCCUGAAGAUAUUAGCAUUAGUCUUUUUUCUGAGUUCCUAAGGAGAGAUAACUCACUAAUUACCCUCUUCGAACUUUUACACACACUCCCACUAAACGGAGUUGGAUGUCUCUGUUGGAAGCCUGAAAAGUAUAGACGUAACACUGAACCAAGUGGUGAUAAAGGUUCUAAUGGGAGAAUGAUUUUUAAAAUUGAUGAAGUUGACUAUGUCGUCAACACACCCGCCAAGAAUAAUCAGUACUUUUUAAUCAAAAAUGUUAAUUAUACAACUAGACCAUUUAAAGCUAAAGUUAUAGCCGAUUUAUACCUGGGAGAUAAACUGGUGAAGAAGGAUGUAAGUCCAAUUGGGUCAGUUAGGGGUGUUUGGGAUUACUCAUUUCCAUAUUCACUGGAAUCAAAUUCCGAAUCUGAUAAGUCAAGUUCCAUUAUAAAUGAUAAGAUACUGGAAGAUUUGGCCUAUAAAGUUACUGAUUUAAGGAUUUAUAGGCCGAAUAAUAUUUUUAAGUAUAAAGAGUUGGUUUCGUAAUCAUUGAUAUGGAGAUAUUUCCAGUAUAAUUUGUUAACUACCAUCUAAUGUGUUGAGUAAUUAUAAUACACGAAGUUACUAGCAUAUGGG